AUGGAAUAUAUACCAAUUUCGGAAUACAGGAGAGAAACUGUCCACGUCUACAUACAGUAUAGGUGUGCAGGGAAGCAGUAUUCGCUCAACAUCAUCGUCAGUGUCUUUGCCAUCAUUCUUGGGGCUUUCAUAGCAGCUGGGUCUGACCUUGCUUUUAACUUAGAAGGCUAUAUUUUUGUAUUCCUGAAUGAUAUCUUCACAGCAGCAAAUGGAGUUUAUACCAAACAGAAAAUGGACCCAAAGGAGCUGGGGAAAUACGGAGUGCUCUUCUACAAUGCCUGCUUCAUGAUUGUUCCAACUCUUAUUAUCAGUGUCUCCACUGGAGACCUGCGACAGGCUACUGAAUUCAACCAAUGGAAGAAUGUUCUGUUUAUCCUACAGUUUCUUCUUUCCUGUUUUUUGGGGUUUCUGCUGAUGUACUCCACGGUUCUGUGCAGCUAUUACAAUUCAGCCUUGACGACAGCAGUGGUUGGAGCCAUCAAGAAUGUAUCCGUUGCCUACAUUGGGAUGUUAAUCGGUGGAGACUACAUUUUCUCUUUGUUAAACUUUGUAGGAUUAAAUAUUUGCAUGGCAGGGGGCUUGAGAUACUCCUUUUUAACACUGAGCAGCCAGUUAAAACCGAAACCUGUGGAUGAAGAAAACAUCCCUUUGGAUUUGAAGAGCUAGAGUCUGCGGCAGGAUUGGAGACUGACUUGUGACUGGGGGCUGGGGGGCAUUCCCAGCGGGAAGGUGAAGCCAGAGGUUUCAGAUUCAUGGCAUCCACCCCCUGGGCAAGUGAGAGCAUCUGCAAAAUGCAAAGAGAACUACCUCAUAUGCAUGCACGAUGAGCCAAUGGCAGUCCCGAGAAAUGUACUUGGGCCACGCCUUACCGGUGGAAAGCAAAUCUUUUCAAAAUAAGCCACUGGGACUCGCAUGGCUUGGUGGAAGCUCUGCCUCAGUGGGGCAUAGCCAAAAGGGGUCAUUCUCUUUUCAGUUCCUAAUCAAGGGCUACUGGAUCCAACUGGGAGGAGCAGACCACCAGAAUUUCUCAUCCCAUCUAAGUUGAAGAUGCUAUUGUUUAAAAAUUUAAUUUAAUGCAAUGUUAAGUUCUGGGAUACAUGUGCAGGACAUGCAGGUUUGUUAUACAGGUAAAUGUGUGCCGUGGUGGUUUGCUGCAC